AUGCAUCACACAUCAUGCACAGAGGCCAUCAGUCAGGCUGACAAACACAAGUCUGACUUUCCGCAUUGGGGUUACCACCGAAGACCGCCCUCCGCCAACAAAUGUUUGAAGGGGGCUAUUUUAAGAAUGGUCUAUCAGAAAUGGUUACCUGUCUCUAUUAAAACCCAGGAAUUAGCGCCGGUUAACCCCAGACAGGCACAGGGCGCGCGAUCAGAUGCUAUUGCCGUCGCCGCCCGUCGCCGCUAUCUCCAAUUGAGAAGGAUUCCAGCUGAGCCCGCGCCUCUGCGAUUAUGUAACCCACCCUCGUUCUUGCGGGUCGUUCUUGCGUAUUUGUUUCCUGAUUCCGUGAGUGUUGAGAUCCCGUGUCAGCCGCUUCACGGAUACGGCGCAAGAAAUAUUUGCCACCCGGAACCUCUCCAUUUCUUUCACCAUAGAUCCGGGGUACCGACCGCAGCCUUGUUAUUCGGAUCGGUCAAUUGCUCGCAUUGAUAGAUAGUGCCCAAGCCUCCCAAGCCUCCCAAGCCUUGAUAUUUCUUGACACAUGGAGAUAAACGGUGAGCAACCCUCUCCAAUAAGAGAGGGUUUCCAGGAAUUUGUCAAUAGGCUAGACUUGGGGUAAGCACCGAAGGGGUAAUUUCCAUGGCUCCGAGCCGUGUUGGGAAAGGCUGUGUUGGGAAAGCCCGUGUUGGGAAAGCCCGCGUGGUGAUAUCGGACCGCAGUACUUCGUACCGUAUUGUGUGGUGGGUACGACAUUGUAUACGAAACCCUAAGUCGGCAUUCAAAUAAUUGCCAGUGAUACCACCCUCACAAUCCAUAUACCACUCAUUAACAAUAUAGUGGCAGCUUGUAUAAUACAAAUAGCGACGUUGCAGCCGACUUCCUUUGGUUUGUUUUUCCUGCGUUUCUCCAAAAACGGUUGCAAUUAUGCAUCUGCUUGCAGAUCAGACACAUUGAAGCACCAGAAAUAUAGGCACCUCCUGGAGCAUCUAAUUUUAUGACAGAUUUCUGGGUGGGAGUCCAUGCUUGAUAUCUAGGUAUCUAUAAGCCGCUGGACCGUACUGAAGUCUGGAACUGUGCAGUCGACAACGGAAUGGGCUGAGAGGUGAGAAAUUCACAAAAAUAAGACUCACCAUGCUGGUGUACCAAAUGAGCAUCACGUGUGAGUGGAUACAGAUACAUAUAUAUAUAUAAAAGAACUUCAUUACUUGAUCCUACUGAUAGUUGAGGGUUCCAGGAAAGAACAGUGUUUAACGGGCUCGUAGAAAUGAUCAGAUUUUCAGUGGGUGUAUGGGCCAGGAAAAUGUUAGGAAAAUGAUCAGACUUUCAGUGGGUGUUUGGGUAAGAAAAGGGGUGCCCAGACACUCUUGGAUAGUGGCAGAGAACCAUGUAUCGUACAUUUAAACAGCAGUUUCACCAAGUUUCGCGGGGCCGCCAGAGCGCCCGCGCCAUUUGGCCC